AUGCUGCGAGGCCAGCGGCGUGGGCAGCUGGGCUGGCAUCGCCCGGCCGCGGGGCUAGGUGGUCUGAUGACUUCGUUGAUGCUGGCCUGUGCCUCCGCCGCAUCCUGUCGCGAGGCCUGCUGUCCCGUGGGCCCCUCGGGGCUGCGCUGCACCAGGGCAGGGACCCUGGAUACCCUCCGCGGCCUGCGGGGCACCGGGAACCUGACGGAGCUCUACGUGGAAAACCAGCAGCAUCUGCAACGCCUGGAGUUUGGGGACCUGCAGGGCCUGGGGGAGUUGAGAAGCCUAACCAUCGUGAAGAGUGGCCUCCGCUUUGUGGCCCCAGAUGCCUUCCAUUUCACCCCUCGGCUCAGUCACCUGACCCUGUCAGGGAACCCACUGCGCUGUUCCUGUGCCCUGUUCUGGCUCCAGCGUUGGGAGCAGGAGGGGCUGUGUGGUGUGUAUACACAGGUGCUUCAUGACUCUGGGCCUGGAGACCAGUCCCUCCCACUGGGACAUAACACCAGUUGUGGUGUACCCUUAGUGAAGAUCCAGAUGCCUAAUGACUCUGUGGAAGUGGGGGAUGACGUAUUUCUGCAGUGCCAGGUGGAGGGGCUGUCCGUACAGCAUGCUGGCUGGAUCCUCACGGAGCUGGAAGGGACAGCCACAGUGAAGAAAUCUGGAGUUCUGCCAUCCUUGGGGCUAACUCUGGUCAAUGUCACCAGUGAUCUCAACAAGAAGAAUGUGACAUGCUGGGCAGAGAAUGAUGUGGGCCGGGCCGAGGUCUCUGUCCAAGUCAGCGUCUCCUUCCCAGCCAGUGUGCACCUGGGCUUAGCGGUGGAACAGCAUCACUGGUGCAUUCCCUUCUCUGUGGACGGGCAGCCAGCACCGUCUCUGCGCUGGUUGUUCAACGGCUCUGUGCUCAAUGAGACCAGCUUCAUCUUUACUCAGUUCUUGGAGUCGGCGCUGACUAACGAGACCAUGCGGCACGGCUGCCUUCGCCUCAACCAGCCCACGCACGUCAACAAUGGGAACUACACCCUGCUGGCGGCCAAUCCCUAUGGCCAGGCUGCUGCCUCCAUCAUGGCUGCCUUUAUGGACAACCCUUUUGAGUUCAAUCCUGAGGACCCCAUCCCUGGUGUGAGAGCUACCCUGAACCCUACCCUGCUCCUGGGAGGACCUGGGUGGAGAUCCAGCAAUCCAGGGAGGUCUGGCCUCUGCCUGCCAUGACCCUGGUUCCCAGAGCUGGAGUUCUUUGUCCUGGACAGAACAGCUGGUGGCUAGCUCUGUGCUGUCUUC